GGUCAAGGUCAAGUCAACACCGUUCCAUUAUUCACCCAUCACCUUUUAGUAUCUGACAAAGUGACAUUAUUCCUCACUGUCCCCUCUGCCCUACUCUGUGUUUCUUCACAUAACACAACAGAUCCAUCAUACUGCCUUCUUCUCCUUCUUGUAUCCCUAGUCACUCCUAUCGGUGGCCUUCUACUCACCGUCCUACGUCCUACGUCCAGCAUCCAUCCUCUUGCUGCAUCAACAAACUGAACGCGUCCUAUUUCCCACAAGAACAGAAAAGCCAACAAGACCUCACCUGUCCAUCUUCGUCCUACGCUGCAUUUCAAAACAUCCAAGGGCCCUUGGGGCAGCUACACGCCUCUACUUCGGCCGUCGACUUGAGCCCAUGAAUCCACGCAGUCCGCUUCGAGGAAACGCGUCCACGUCCACGUCCACGUCCUAGCCAUGUAUCUACCCCGCUCGCUGAUAUCGAAGCUCUAUCUGCACCUCCAGAACACGCGCCAUCCCCUCUCACCACCCGUUCUCAUUCUCGCCGCCCUCGAACCCGACGCCCUGUGCGCGUGCCGAAUCCUGACGCGCCUCCUGAAGCAUGACUACAUCCCGCACAAGAUCCAGCCCAUCUCCGGCUAUGCCGAUCUCGAACGCGCCGGCCGGGACCUGGUCCAGCCCAUGAUGGAGUCGAAUGGCGGGAGUGGCGGCGUGGUGGUCAGCUUGGGUGUCGGCGGCAUGGUCGACCUCGGUUCCCUGCUGGGACUCGAGCCCGAGGGCGGAGAGGCGACAGCGACGUUUUCCGGCGUCGAGGUCUGGAUUUUCGACUCCCACCGUCCGUGGAACUUGGGAAACGUCUUUGGCGGCUACCGUCUCGAGCCUGCCUCGGAGGAAACGCAAACGGAAACGGAAACGGCAACGGUAACGAGCGCCUUGUCGACCAGGUGUCCCCCCGGUGCCAGCCGGGGUCGAAUCGACCGCUCUUACACCCCCGGCAAGGGAGGCAUUAUCGUCUUCGAUGACGGGGACAUAGAGGACGGCCUUGAGGCGGAACGGGAAGCCUACAUGAGUUUGCUUGACAUGCCCGACGUGGAAGACGAUGGUGAGGACCUUGGCAACAUCGACGACGAACAAGACGAGGACCUUUUUUCCGAGGAUUCUGUCCGUGUUGGUCAGAAGAGGAAAAGCUGGUCAGACCGGGGAGAAGAGGAGUCGAGCGGCGAUGAGGACCGUCCAGCCCAGCGCAGGAGGAGCAACUCGUCCAAUUCGAUACCCUCCUCUCCUCAACGACUACCACAGAGGGGCGGCCUCUUAUCAUUAAGAGGAAAUCAAACUUCAGCCCUUUCUAGCGACCCCCUCGAACCCCCGUCAGCAGCUCAACCACCGCCAGCGCCAUCCACCAGAACUCUCCGACGCCGCCUCCUGCGACUGCGAAGGCAGAACGAGCGCGUGCUACAAAACUACUACAACAUGGGAGCGUCCUUCUCCGAGCCGAUAUCGUCCAUGAUGUAUUCCCUCGCGUCGGACCUCGGCCGGGAAGACAACGAUCUCCUCUGGCUCACCAUCGUAGGCGUCACCUCGAUGGAGCUCUACGGCCGGUCGUCAGCCGGCAUCGCCGUGCCCGUGCGCAGCUCGGACCGCGCGCACGGCACAGGCUGGAUGGGCAUCCGGGGCACGCGGAUCCGCCAGCUGCUGCGCGACGAAGUCCGACGCCUCAACCCGCCGGACCUGAGCAGCAGCGGCAACCCGCGCAACGCAAUCGAGAACACCGGCAUCAUCCCCACGACGGCGCGGAGCCCGGAGGACACCUCGAUCCGCCUGUCGCCCGAGCCGCGGUUCCUCCUCAUCCGCCACUGGAGCCUGUACGACAGCAUGCUCCACUCCCCCUACCUCUUCUCGCGCCUGAAGACGUGGAGCGAGCCGGGCCUCAAGCGGCUCCACAAGCUGCUCGCCAAGAUGGGCGUCAGCCUCGCCCAGUGCAAGCAGAGCUAUGCGCACAUGGACAUGAUGCUGAAGCGGGAACUCCGCACCAAGCUGCUCAAGUACGCGUCGCUCUACAACCUGGACGACAUGGUCCCGCCGGUGGACUCGGACGGCCGGGACCGGGCCGGGGCGAAGGACGGCUGGGGAUUCGUACGGAGCUGGGGGUGGCGGGCCACGCUGAGUGCGCAGGACGUUGGUGUUAUCAUCGGCGCGCUCUUGGAGGUGGGGAAACCCGUGGAUGGCGCGGCGCAGUCGGCGCCUGAGACGGUGCUCGACGCGGAAGAUGACGGCACUGCGGCUGAGGGCGAGGAGUGGAUUCGUCGCUUUUGGGAGGCCUAUGAUGCGCUGGAGAACAUCGAGAGCCUCAAGGCCGGCCUGCCCACGGCCCAGUUCCUCCACCGGGCCAUCUACCGCACGGGCACCUCCCUCAUCAACAAGAAGCAGAUCCGCCACCUCCGCGCCUUCCGCAUGUGCGUCGUCAAGGACGGCCCGGACGUAUCGCUCUUCACCCACCCGGCGGCGCUGACCAAGCUGGCCCUCUGGAUCGGGGAGGCGCUCGUCGAACAGGAAAGGGACACCACGGGACGCCUCUCCCACGGCGGGCGCGGCACGCCCCUCGUCGUGGCCAGCCUCAACGAGAAGCGGGGCGUCUACGUCGUCGUGGGGACGGGGGGCGGAGGGGGGCCCGAUACGACGUUCCUGGACCGCGAGGCGGCGCGGAAACGGAAGCAGGCGCGGGAGGAGAGGACGAAGGCCAAGGAAGAGGCGCGUCGAAACAAGGCGAAGGUUCGGGAGGAGAAGAGGGCGGCGCGGAAAGCUGCUGCUGGCGGCGAUGGAAAUGGUGGCAAUGACGAUGCGGACGAGCUCGAGACGGAGUCUGAGGGGUCGGAUUCUGAGUCCGAGUCGAGCGAUGACGAUGAUGACGAUGACGACGUGGGACAGAAGCGGGAGCGGGGGUACGGCCUUAAUAAAUUCGGGUCGGCCUUUCAGGAGGUGGUGGCGGAGACCAAUGCGCGUGUGCGGAUUGAUAGCUUUGAACACUGCGUGGUGGAAGUGCGCAAGGAGGACCUGGGGGGGUUUCUUGAGAGUUUGAGCAUGAAGGCUGUGGUGGGAUGAGAUGCUGUCUCUUUCUUCGUCUCUCUCUCUCUCUCUUUCUCGCUCUCUCUCUCUCUCUAUGAUGGCGGCUGGAGUUCUGUCGUGGGUUUGUUUGUCUCUUCAUCUUGUCGUUCGGCAUGGGGCAUGGGUUUGGCGAAGCAAUGUUCUCAACUCUCUCACUGCUUCCCUCCGUUUCUCUCCUUGCCUUAUAUCUCGCUCAAUUGUGUGCAUUGGAGCAUGGACGGAGCAUGGACGGAAGAUGGAAGGUAGAUCAUAUCGUUCUGGGAUCUGAAGGGCACCCAUGCUUUAGAGUGCGGCCAUGGGAAGCAGGGUAGGUAGCAUGCGAAGCCAUCGGCAUAUGAUCACUUGGUUCACGAAACCUCAUGAGCCCAGAUGUUCAUUGCAACUUGCUAUGUUGGAAGCCAUGUGGUACCGGACACGGCAGCGCAGAGCAGCGUAUAAUUGAUGCCAGAAUAGACCGGAU